AUACAGACACAGUGAAGUUAGUGUCAGUGAUGGCGGGAGAUCAAGUCACUCUACAAAUUAAUGUAACUGAAAUACAGACAGAUGAUGAUAUAAUGUGGACAUUUGGAACUAACAGGAAUCUAAUAGCUAAAAUCAGUGGAGAGACCAGAGACACCGUGGAUCUUCCUGAUGGGAGAUUCAGAGACAGACUGAAGCUGGAUCAUCAGACUGGAUCUCUGACCAUCACAAACACCAGAACUGAACAUGCUGGAAUUUAUGAAGUUGAGAUCAGCAGAAGGAGCUCAGAGACUAAAAUCAGAUUCAGUGUUACUGUCUAUGGUGUCUUUGGUCUGGAUGCAGUGAAGUCAGUGAUGGAGGGAGAUUUAGUCGCUCUACAGAUUAAUGUAACUGAAAUACAGACAGAUGAUGAGAUAACAUGGACAUUUGGAACUAACAGGAAUCUAAUAGCUAAAAUCAGUGGAGAGACCAGAGACACCGUGGAUCUUCCUGAUGGGAGAUUCAGAGACAGACUGAAGCUGGAUCAUCAGACUGGAUCUCUGACCAUCACAAACACCAGAACUGAACAUGCUGGAAUUUAUGAAGUUGAGAUCAGCAGAAGGAGCUCAGAGACUAAAAUCAGAUUCAAUGUUACUGUCUAUGGUGAGUAG